AAGCAACGUGUCUCAUUUCCGCAUUCAUUUGUCUGCGGAGUGCCAGGGCCAUGUUGAAGAUAUCUGGCCCGAGCAUUGUGCUGUUGAUUGAACUGCGUACUUCUAUAGCGUUUUGUCCAAGCAGGCCGCCUAGACGCUGAAUUGUACCCGCUGGGAACCGGCUACGUCCCUGAAAUUGACAGUGUCCAUGACAUAUCAGUUGGCACAAAGAGGGGAUCCGACGAACUAUUUUCUUCCUGCAUAUCCAACGGGCCCUAUAUCAUGAACUCAGCCAAUGGCAACGACAGCAAAAAAUUCAAAGGUGACGUCCGCAGUCCUGGUGUUCCGUCACGUGUGGUCCAUGUACGCAAGCUGCCCAAUGACAUAAACGAGGCUGAAGUUAUUGGCCUGGGACUGCCCUUUGGGAAGGUCACUAAUUUGCUGAUGCUGAAAGGGAAAAACCAGGCAUUCUUAGAAAUGACCAGCGAGGAGUGUGCACAGACGAUGGUGAGCUACUACUCUUCUGUGACCCCCGUCAUCAGAAACCACCCCAUUUACAUGCAGUACUCGACUCAUAAGGAGCUGAAGACUGACAACUCCCCCAACCAAGUGCGUGCCCAGGCAGCUCUGCAGGCGGUCAGUGCUCUGCAUGGCGGUGGGAUGGGAAGCAUGGCCAUUCCAGCAGAUGUGUCUAGCAUGGGAGGAGCUGGAUCCCAAAGCCCUGUACUCAGGGUCAUUGUGGAAAACCUCUUCUAUCCCGUCACCCUGGAUGUUCUGCACCAGAUUUUCUCUAAAUUCGGCACUGUGCUGAAGAUCAUCACAUUCACUAAGAACAACCAAUUCCAGGCUCUGAUCCAGUAUGCCGAUGGCUUGACAGCUCAGCACGCUAAAUUGUCUCUGGAUGGACAGAACAUCUACAAUGCCUGCUGUACCCUGAGAAUCAGCUUCUCAAAGCUCACCAGCCUCAAUGUCAAGUACAACAACGACAAGAGCAGGGAUUAUACCCGUCCAGACCUCCCCACUGCAGAUUCACAGACCUCCCUGGACCACCAGACCAUGGCAGCUGCUGCAUUUGCUGCUCCAGGCUUAAUCUCAGCCUCUCCCUAUGGUGGAGCUCAUGCCUUCCCCCCAGCCUUUGCCAUCCAGCAGGCAUCAGGUCAGCAUCCAAACUGGCUGUCUAUGCCUGGUAUGCCAGGCGCCCUGGCGUCCCUCGGUGUGGGCCACGGUGGCAUGGCUGCUGCCGCGGCAGCCGCUAGCCGGCUGGGCCUGUCCGGGUUCGCUGCCCCCGGGGGCCACCAUGUGUUGCUGGUCAGCAAUCUGAACCCUGAGAGCGUUACGCCACACUGCCUCUUUAUUCUUUUCGGUGUGUACGGCGAUGUGAUGAGAGUGAAGAUCCUGUUUAAUAAAAAGGAGAACGCUCUGAUCCAGAUGUCUGAUAGCACUCAGGCUCAGCUAGCUAUGAGCCACCUGAAUGGUCAGCGUCUCCAUGGCAGGGCCAUGCGUGUGACCUCAUCGAAACACACCACCGUGCAGCUGCCCAGGGAGGGCCACGAGGACCAGGGUCUCACCAAGGAUUACAGCAACUCACCGCUGCACCGCUUCAAGAAGCCCGGCUCCAAAAAUUACUCUAACAUCUUCCCGCCCUCUGCAACACUCCACCUCUCCAACAUCCCGCCGUCUGUAGUGGAGGAGGACCUCAAGAGGCUUUUCGCCAGCUCAGGAGCCACCGUUAAGGCCUUCAAGUUCUUUCAGAAAGACCGCAAGAUGGCCCUGAUCCAGAUGGGCUCGGUCGAAGAGGCAAUUGAGUCUCUCAUUGAGUUCCACAACCACGAUCUAGGAGAGAACCACCACCUCAGAGUGUCCUUCUCAAAGUCCACCAUCUGAGUGCCGUUCCUCCCUCCCUCCGAGUGUAUUGCCAUCUGAGUGCAAAACGCCAGCGCUGCAUCUUAAAUGGCUGCAGUUCUCGUGUAGAAUAUUGCUCCCUUCCCCAUUCUUUAUCAUUCCCCUCAAUUGGUUUGGGUGUCACAUUUAAGCCAUUGUGCCUCAGAUCCCUGGUUCCAAUUUUGGUCCUGCGAACAACCUACGUUAAAAAUCUAACCGCGUUUUAUUUUUACUUUGUCAUUAAUUGUUAAUUCACCAUAAAAUACAAAGUAUUUUAAAUGAAUAAGUGAACAAUUAUAAAUAUUUGCCACACAGAUUGGCUGUUGGUCGGUCUUACACUUGUUUGUAUUUGAGAGUCCUGCUAGCGUUCUCUGGUUCUGCGGCGUUCUCAUUGUGACCGAGGGCCUCAGGUACCGCGUCGCUGUGAGAGCGACUCCACGGGAGGAAGCACUUCCGUUGGGUGGUUACUUUUUCCCGUAUCACUUGUCUUUUGCUUAAAAAAGUUCCUCUUGCAAGCGGUGGGUCCGGCCCGUAAUGAUGCAAACACCAUUCACGUGCACAUGGACCAUGUAAACGAGCGGGUCCAAACUUGGUUGAGGAAUCACAGUUCACUUGUUUCCGGUUCGGGACAGGAUCUUGGCACCCAAACCAAAAAACAUAUUUUUCCUUCUAUCGUUUAGUUCUUAAGUGGGGUCCUGGGAAGCGGGCAAUGUUCUGCGGUGACGCCACGACACCGGAGGGGGAAGUAGAGGCAGCCGAUGAACUGUCACUUUAGACCAAAUUGCGAAAAACAAAAAAUUUAAGAGAAGACACCCUCCACCACAGAUGCUCACGUGGAUGAAUCGUAUCCACAGAAGACACACUUCAGCAUUCCUUUUAUUGUGAUAGUCAUGUGGAUGUAUCGGUGUGUGUGUGCCUUUUUAUGAAAUGCCACUUUCACCCGGUUUGGCCAGUCAGAAACGGUUCGAUACAAAGGGUUUUGUUUUGGCCCGCAGACCACCAAACAAUUAAUACCCCUGUAUCCAUUUUGAUUUGAUCUUCUUGUAACUACCCGCCUACUCACUUCGGCGGAUCCAUACCACUAUAUAGAGCCAUUCGACAAGGAUGCGUUUUUCUUACAAUCUCUUUCUACAGUCCUGUGCCUUCCUUUACCCCGACCAGGUUGCCUUAAGCAUCGCGGUGGCUUCAUUUGGAAAAGACGUGGCUCUAGAAAUGCCUUUUUAUUUUUGCUCAUUCCUUGCGGCAUGUCCCAGCAUUGUUAAAGGGGGGGGGGGGGGGAGGGUGACAGUGGCUCAUGAAAACUCCAGUUCCAUCUUAACACUUGUUUUUCUAGAGAUUUGUAUGCAUAUCCCCAUUAUAUGUACGUAGAAACUAUGAAUGUAUGUCAGUUUAGUUGCCUAAUAUCCUUGCUAGCUGAUGUAGCUCUGUUAGGUGGUGUUUUGUGGGAGGAGUUUGGAGCUGUAGCCGGCCUUCCCGUCUUACGGCCCCCAGCCACCUUCAUCUAGUCCCUUCUCAGGAGGGGCGACGGUGGGUGUGGGGUGUCAUUUAACCAUACGUUCAUCUAUACAUGGACACCUAUAUACUCAUUUAUCUUUUCUUUUAAUGUUAGUAUUUACAUGUGUAUCACUGCUAAGCGUAUCUGAUACCAAUAUGUAGCUGGGUCUGAUCAUUAUCACAGUGCCUUGAGUUUUUAAUCUGAGGCUGAAUCCUUUUUUUCCGGGCCUGGUCAGUUGACUUUGUUUACCUCUUGUUCAGGUGAUCUGUCUUUGCGUUCUACAAAGAUGCCUUUAUCCCGUUUAUGUCCAGGUAAUCGUACCUGUGAGAGCAGCUUGGACUGUCUAAAACGCCUAAACCCAGUGUGUGUGUGUGUAUAUAGACAUAUACAUAUAUAUAUAUAUACACUUUUCUUUAAAUUCAGGAUUACACGGUGGGUUAGCCUCGCCCGGUCCGGGUCCACUUCCACAGCCAGGUUCUUUAGUGCACUUUUCCUCAACAACAGGUCCAAGUUGGCACCGUCACGCUGAAGUCUUAAAACGUCGUCACAUUCCUGCGUGCUGCGGCACCACUUUCCACAGCCGCGACCACUGUAGUUUUGGACCAGAUACAGAUUCACUCUGUCUCUAUUUUUGUAAAAGAUUAUAUGCAUGGUUUAACGACGCUUCAUGUAGCUACAGGCGGUUGUUGCUGCAAAGGACCAAAGUAUCUUCUACCCCUGCUGUUUGUAGUUUCUCAGUUUGUUUGUUUCUCAACAUUUCCACAAGCACACACGCUUUGUUUCCCUUUGCUGUUUCUAAGAUGCCUUGGACAAAUGUCACCUGAAGUUAAAGCAUGUUAGGGUAUCGGUCUAGACUGUAUAUUGUAUACUGUUUUGUUGGAUUGACAUUUCAAAGAGCCUACUUUGGUAGUUUGCUUUAGUACGGAUACUUAAAUGAAACACAGUCCUAACUGUGAUGGUGUAGAAGAUUAUAUGCCUUUAUUCUCUUGUUAAAGCUUUUUGUUUCUCUUUUAUAUGGGGGUGGGGUUGUUGUAUGACGCGGGAUUGAUGGUUGUAUAUAUUCAUGUUUUUGUACCACAAUCAUUUGGAUUAUAUCCACUUUACGUUCAAAACAUGUAUAUUUUGAUAAAAACAAUACAGACCUAUUGAGCUCUACGGAGCUGUAAAAAAACAAAGACAAAAAAACUUUUUGUAACACAAAGACAUUAAAACUAUUUGAACACAG